ACAAGCGCAAAGUUACCCCCUAUUAUAUCGAGUGUUCAGUUCAGUAAUUGCUGUAUCAAAAAUCCUGUGAUGUGAGGAAUAUCACCGUGUAAGCGAUGGAUAUUUGCAGGACUUGUUUGCAAAACUCCACCGGAGAUCUGGUGCCAAUAUUUGCUAAGCUUGAGGAUGAAUUCAUCGCUAAUGUAAUCGUAAAUUGUUGUUCUGUUACGAUACUGGAAGAUGAUGGACUGCCAGCGUGUAUAUGUAAGAACUGUCUAGCCAGUGUUAGUUUAAUUGUAAGCUUCUCCAAGAAAGUGCUACAAGCGGAUCGAAAGUUGCGGCAGUUAUUUAAAUCGGAAAUCAAUUUAACUGAUAUUGCAAAGCACAGCGAAAAAGGAACAGAUCUGCUAAAAGAUGAAGUUUUUGAGUUUCGGCCUGUUGACGGUUCGGCUCUGGAAAAUGGACAAGAAAACUGUGAUACCGAAGGUGACGAUAAUUUGGAUGUCUCUGAUGAAUCAUUGGAUGUGCAAUGGACAGGAAAACUGAAUGUCAGCCAAAAACGCAGGCUAGAUCAAGCAACAGAAAAAUCGUACUGUAGAAGAAAACAACAAUCAGCAAAACAUGAGAAAAACGAAGAUGAUGAUGACGAUGAUGAAUCCCCUGGGGAGGAUGAUUUAGAUGAGAUAGAACAAGAGCUGUACGAAAUAGUUACAAUCGAGCCAAAGAGACAAGUGUGCUGCCAAUGUUGCAUGGAUUUUGAAACCCGGGAAGAGUUGGAAACUCAUGGGACGAAAGUUCAUAUGAAGAAGAAAAAAACGAACCUAUCAAAGUCACAUGUUUGUGUGAUUUGUUAUAGAAGAUACUGCUCCGAGGAAGCAUUGCAGGCUCAUAAGAAAAUUGCCGUGAAAUUAUCGGUUACAAAAAUCUACGAAUGCAAACGUUGUGCUGUUCGAUUUCACGCACCGAAACGGAGAAGAAUGCAUGCGCACAAUCAUCCGAAACUUCUGGACACAUUGGGUGCGCCGAAGUCAAAAUCGCGACACAAACGACCACCUAUUUGUUGUAUGAAAAACUGCUAUCGGGUGUUCGAUUCUCAGAGAGCUCUGUUCGAGCAUGGACAGAUGGAGCACGCCUCGAAUAAAACACUAAAGAUGGAUCCGGGCAAGCAACACGAAUGUCCUGUAUGCUUUAAAUGCUUUGAAACGCUAAAGGCACUGACCAGACAUCGCAACCGGAUCUACCGGUCGAACAUGCAAUGUUCUAUGUGUGGUAAGGAGUUCAAAACGCGUAACUCCCUGAUCACUCACGAGCGCAAACAUCUUAACGAGAAACCAUUUCCAUGUGGACAUUGCGAUAAGCGGUUUCCCACGAUGCAGGCUCUCAAAUGCCACAGUCUGGUGCACAAUGAAGAGAAGCCAUUCGUUUGCGCCACCUGCGGUUGGAGUUUCAAGCGGGAGUGUAAUCUUAAAAUUCAUCUUCUUACGCAUACCGAUGAGCUGCCGUUCAAGUGUGAUGUUUGCAAAAAGGGUUUUAAGAUAGUCGAAGACGAUGGACUUCCUGCGCAAAUCUGCUUUGAUUGUUUAACACAUCUUAAGCAAGCCAACGCUUUCGUCCGUAAAGUUCGUUUGUCCGAUAGAAAGUUACGCCGUUCGCUCCGAGAUCAGCUAAGCGAUAUAGAGAAAAAUGACAGCCAAGAUGAGAAACUGGACAUCGCUGGAACCAGUCACGAUGUAUGGAACAUGGUUCCGAACAAGAUUCCGCAAAAUUACGAAACCGUAUUGAAAAUUGAAAUGGAUCGUGACGAUCAGCUCAAAAACGAAGGACCAUCGAAAGGUAAUCUCACCACCAGUGGAACUGAAUCUGAACAUGCAUUACGGGAAAAAUCGGAUAAAAAAGGACCCACUUGCGCUGUUGAAAGAGAUUCAAAUUCAGAAAUUUAUGUUCCUUCCAGAAAACAGCUCGGGAAAAGAAAACCUAAAAUUGAUAGUCAUUCGACGGAUUCAGACUCAAAUGAUGACCUCGUCAGGAAGAGAAGACUAAAACGACGCACUCCGAGAAGAGGACAUUCUGAUAAAACUGAAGGAUCAGAAAAUGAACACAUCUUGGAGGACAAAUUGCAGGGAAUGUACAAAAUGGUCACUAUCGAAGCGGGAGCUCACAUUUGCUGCGCGUGUUUGAAGAUUUUCACUGACCGAAACGAGUUGAUCGAGCAUGGUCAGUUGGCGCACGCAAAGAAAAAAUACAUCAACGAGUCCAAAACCAAUAUUUGCGAAGUUUGUUUCCGACGGUACUCCAAACCAGCCCCACUGGAAGCCCACAAGCAGAGCUUCAUCGGGUUGACAGUAGUGUAUGAAUGUUCCCGUUGUUUGACACGUGUAAUCGCUCAAAAUCGUCUACAGCACGCUCGAACCCAUCUGAAACAUCAGGAUUUGACGAACGACCAGAAGAAACGAGAUCGAGCAGAACGAGAUCAACUUUGCUGUGCGAAGGAUUGCUCCGCUUCGUUUCAAACGGAAAGCUUACUCAUAGAACACGGCAGAAAUGUACACGUUGCAAAUAAACAAAACGCUGAUGAUCAACAUCGAAGAUUUCAAUGUCCGGUCUGCUACAAACGGUUUGAAAAGCGGGAAGCUUUGACUCGACACCGCCAUCGGAUGUAUCGAUCGACCCAUCAAUGUGCUGUCUGCGGAAAGGAAUUCAAAAAUCGUUACGAAAUGCUGAUUCACGAACGAAAUCAUGACAAUGUUAAGCCGUAUUCGUGCGAGAUAUGCGGUAAACGAUUCAACUCCAAAGAAGCCGUUCGUGUGCACAUGUUGGUACAUUCAGAUAGUAAACCUUUCUCGUGUUCGAUUUGUGGCUGGCGCUUUCGGCGAAAAUGUAACCUCAAUAAACAUGCUUCGAAGCACAGUCAGGAUACGCCGUUCCAGUGCAGCAUCUGUCAGAAGACGUUCAAGGGAAAAUAUCAUCUUCAGUAUCAUAUGCGAGUACACACUGGUCAUAAACCGUGGCAAUGUCGGUAUUGCGAAAAAUCUUUCGCGGAUCAUGCCAAUCGAGCGAGGCACGAAAUGUCUCAUACAGGAAUUAAACCUUAUAAAUGCUCCUAUUGUAAUAAAAGCUUCAUCCGCAAGCGGUUUCAAAUCGAACAUGAAAGCUCUCAUACAGGAAUUAAACCGUACCGUUGUGAGAUGUGCAACAGAACGUUCAGUCAAAAAACCGCACUCAAGAAGCACCUCGAGAUGCAUCCAUUGGCACCGGAAAAUCAGCUCUCGUUAUCCCAGCCAUCACCAAUGCCGACGGAAUCGCCUAUGUCUUCACCACAAGCACCACCACUGAUGCUUCCAUUCUCCGCUGGAUCGGAAGAGCAGCUGCAGCAGCAAAAUUCCAUGACACCGAACAUGAUACCGGCAGUGCAGAUGAACGGGAGCGUGCUGAAAGCUCGUUGGUGGUGGGAAUGUGCCUACGACACCACUACACACAGUCGUCGGUGAAAGCUUACCCGCACUGUCACUGUUGGCACGAUGACUCGGCGAAAUCUCCAAUGUCGGCGAAGCAGCGACAAAACAAAAACCAAUGCUUGGCUUUCCGAGGAUGAAAACCUCUAUCCACUUGCAGGCAGGGCACUUCACUCACUAUCCAGAUAGCGAAAUGAACUCUUCAGCGGCAAA